GCUGCACAACUCACUGCACCACGUGGCCUUGGACCGAUAAGUAGCUCUAUAACAGCCAUUCCACCGCCGCCGUCCCUCAGUGUCCCCGCAGCCACUGGUUCGUGCGCACACAAACACCACUGACAACCAAACACAGACGCGCACUCGCUCGCACCACCACCACCACCGCCAUGCCCGAAUACAAGCUGGUCUACUUCAACGGCCGUGGCCUGGGGGAACUCGUCCGUUGGAUCUUCCUCCACGGGGACAUUCCUUUCACUGAUGAGCGUGUUGAGAUGUCCGAGUGGCCUGAGAAAGAAGAAGGUCACGCCCGGAGGAAAGCUGCCCCUGCUGUACAUCGAUGGCAAGCCCCUGUGGCAGUCCAUGGCCAUCGGCCGCUUCGCCGCUAAGCUCGCUGGCCUGACCUUGGACGACACCCUCGACGCCUGUUACUGUGACGCCUUCGUGGAGACCGCCAAGGACCUGUUGUCGGAAAUGUACAAGAUCAUGCUUUCCGAAAAAAGCCAGGAGGAGAAGGACAAGGAGCUGAGGGAGGAGUACGUGGUCAAGACACUCACGCCGGUACUGGAGAAGGUCAACAAGAGGCUGGAGACCAAGCAGUGGCUCAUUGGUGACAAGAUGACUUGGGCGGACUUCGCCAUCUCGCGCUCCAUUGAUGAAGUGGCGCUUCACUUCUCCGAUGUGGUCAGUAAGUACCCCAACGUGUCUGCACACGCCGAGAAGAUACAUCAGCUGCCCAAGAUCAAGGAAUGGAGGGCGAAGAGGCCUAACUCACCCUUCUAAAUGGACCGCGAGGCCUAACACGUCCCUCUAGGCUGGUGAGGAAGCCUGAACAUCCUUCCAGCCACCGCGACCCGCACACAAGGCGUCGACAUCACCAUCACUAUUACUACUGCUAUUACUACUUCUACCACUGCUACUACUACUACUACUACUACUACUACUACUACUACUACUACUUUUGGUCACUCAAGUAUUGUUUCCACCGUAAAAACGCCUUCACGUGUGUGUCUACGUAAAACACACUGGUACCUUCUCUCCUUCUACCACACCUUUCACGGGAGUACAGUGCUGCCCGCCCCUCACUGCCACUCCGGAGGGUUAGCUCACGAACAAUCUACGUGGCACCUUGAAGUACUUCAUCCAUUCUCUCUUCUUCAUCAUCAUUUAUUGUUAUCAUUAUUAUUGUUUCUAUUAUUGUUUUCAUUAUAAAUUGUCAUUAAUUUUGCCAACCACCAUCCUAAGCUCCUGGCACGUGACAGAUAUACAAUGUUCGGACCGCUGACAAAAUAAAAAGUACAUAAAUCAACCAAAAGAAA